UUCGAGGGAGACAAACAAACAGUUUAUAAGACCUUCAAUUUACACCACCUUGUUGCCGGCUGUUCAAACUCCCAGCACCCUUGUUGCUCGCCUUGUCUUGCUCUUUCGGCCCCUCGCCACUGCAAGGGAGCAUGGCGCUGAGCCGCCUCCAAGUCGUCCUCCUCGGUGCCAUAUUGCCUCUACUCUUCUUCUCCCCUGCAGAGGCCGGCGAGGUGGGAGUGAACUACGGCAGGGUGGCGAACGACCUGCCGGAGCCGGCGUCGGUGGUGCAGCUGCUGAAGCGGAACGGCAUCACCAUGGUGAGGUUGUACGACACCAACCCAAAGGUGCUCACGGCCCUGGCCAACACCGGAAUCAAGGUGGUGGUGAUGCUACCUAACGAGAACCUGGCCGUCGCGGCAGCGGACCCGUCGUACGCGCUCCAGUGGGCGCGGAGCAACGUGGCGGCGUACUACCCUGCCACGAAGAUCCAUGCCGUGGACGUGGGGAAUGAGGUGUUCGACUCGAGGCCCGACUUGACGCCGCAACUUGUCCCGGCAAUGACCAACGUGCAGGCGGCACUGGCGAAGCUGGGGCUAGACGCCGCCGUGAAGGUGUCCACGCCGAUUGCGUUCACCGCAGUCAAAGACACAUUCCCGCCGUCCUCAGGCAGGUUCCGGGAGGACAUCGCGCAGUCGGUGAUGAAGCCCAUGCUCGAUUUCCUGCAGCGGACCGACUCCUACCUCUUGGUCAAUCCCUACCCGUUCUUCGCCUACGCCGAUCACCCAGACAAAAUCUCCCUCGACUACGCCCUGGGAAACCCCAACCCCGGCGUGCGCGACGACAACACCGGCCUCAUGUACUACAGCCUCCUGGAUGCCAUGCUCGACGCCACCUACUUUGCGAUGGACAAGUUGACAGAAUCUCUCAAUAUCAGGCAACCGAUAGGGAGGAGGUUUACCCGUGUACAAGCGUAUGUUACAGAGAGCGGGUGGCCAUCGGGCGGAAAACGCAAACACGGGAAGCUGCAACACAGCGGCGGGAUGAGUUUGGAGGCCGGGGAUGGAUCCCAGGCGGCUUCGGUAGCCAAUGCUCAAGCAUACAACAAUAACCUCAUCAACCGCGUGCUGUCCGGCAAAACGGGAACCCCGCACCGCCCCAACGCCGACAUGCACGUCUACAUCUUCGCCCUUUUCAACGAGAACCAGAAGGGUGAAGGACCAGACGACAUAGAGGCCAACUUUGGAUUAUUCUACCCGAACAUGCAGAAGGUGUACGAGUUCGACUUCCACGGCGGCGGCGCGUUGACGGAGAGCUGGUGCGUGGCGAAUGCGUCGGUCGGGGACGCGUGGCUGCAGGCGGCGCUGGACUAUGCCUGCGGUCACGGCGCGGACUGCAGCGCCAUCCAGCCCGGUGCGCCGUGCUUCGAGCCCAACACCAAGGUCGCGCACGCCUCGUAUGCGUUCAACAGCUACUACCAGCGCAACGGCAAGGCAAACGGGACCUGCGACUUCGCCGGCGCAGCUUACAUUGUCUACGACGAACCAGCCGGCAAAUGUGACCCGAAUGCGAGCUGGUGCGUGGCGAAUGAGGCGGUCGGGGACGCGAGGCUUCAAGCAGCGCUGGACUAUGCCUGCAGUCACGGCGCGGACUGCAGCGCCAUCCAGCCCGGCGGGACGUGCUUCGAGCCCAACACCAAGGUCGCCCACGCCUCGUACGCGUUCAACAGCUACUACCAGCGCAACGGCCGGGCCCGCGGGACGUGCGACUUCGCCGGCGCUGCCUCCGUCGUCUACCAGAGGCCAAAGUACGGAAACUGCGUUCUCCCAUCAAAGGCCUGGAUUCAACUUGAAGAAACAACAGCCAAGUCUGAAGGCUAUGCUGCCAUCUGAUAAUCAGAAUAUAUGAUGGUAUUUAUGUUGAGUAAUCUUCGUUGCUGGGUUGUUAGUUCUGGUCGUUAGGGAGUCGGUUCAAGUAUUAGUUAGUCCAGUCGUCAGUUGUUGGUUCAGGUUGUUAGGUAGUUGAGCUCCAGCCGCGACUUGUGCGAGCUCUACGCGUCUAAGUUCCGCACGAUCACUGGUUCGUGAGAUGGCACGAAAUCACCGGAUCUGGGGAAGCACAUUUGCUUGUUUUGCUAAUAAAAGGAGGCAGAAAACAUCGAAAAGCUGCGGCCAGAAUUGCAUCACAAAAACCAGCCUCUGAAACAUUCCUGAUUUACGUCAGAAAGCACGGAGCGAGGCUGACUGAUCCGCGCGAUGUGCGAUAUGCUGAUUUCAGAGCCGGUUACCCAUGAUCCUGCUGUG